AUGGAUGCAUGUCAUGUAUUAUUGGGGAGGCCUUGGCAAUAUGACAGAAAGGUCAUGCAUGAUGGGGAAAGGAAUACAUAUACAUUUUGGAAGGAGGGAUUGAAAGUCAUCUUAUUACCCCUUAAGGAUGUAGGGGAAGAUAAGAAUAUGUUGUCUGAAAGAGAAAUUGUUAAGGAGAUGAAGGUGACAAGAUUAUGUUAUGCAUUAAUGGUACAAAAGGAGGAAGGAGGAGGGAUACCAAUACCUGCUAAAGUAGAAAAGUUACUCAAAGAAUAUAGUGAUGUUAUACCUGAUGAGCUACCUGAUGGUCUUCCACCGAAGCGAGAUAUUCAACAUCAUCUUGAUCUAAUUCCAGGAGCAUCUUUACCUAAUCAGGUAGCAUAUAGGAUGAGCCCUACACAACAUGUAGAACUCAACAAGCAGAUGAUGGAGCUUUUGAAGAAAGGUGUUGUGUGA